AUGCAUUUGGUAGACCUGUGGUUAACUCGUUCCCUCUCCAUGUGUCUGCUCUUACAAAGUUUUGUCCUCAUGAUACUGUGCUUUCAUUCUGCCAGUAUGUGCCCAAAAGGCUGCCUUUGUUCUCAUUCUGGAGGUUUAAAUGUCAGUUGUAGCAAUGCAAAUCUCAAGGAAAUACCCAGAGAUCUUCCUCCUGAAACAGUCUUACUUUAUUUGGACUCCAAUCAGAUAACAUCCAUCCCAAAUGAAAUUUUUAAGGACUUGCAUCAACUGAGAGUCCUCAAUUUAUCCAAAAAUGGUAUUGAAUUUAUAGAUGAACAUGCCUUUAAAGGAGUGGCAGAAACCUUGCAGACUUUGGACUUGUCUGACAACCGGAUUCAAAGUGUGCACAAAAAUGCUUUCAAUAACUUAAAAGCCAGAGCCAGAAUUGCAAACAAUCCUUGGCACUGUGACUGUACUCUGCAGCAGGUCCUGAGGAGCAUGGCGUCCAACCAUGAAACAGCCAACAACGUCAUCUGUAAGACUUCUGUGUUAGAUGAACAUGCUGGGAGACCAUUCCUCAAUGCUGCCAAUGAUGCAGAUCUUUGUAACCUUCCUAAAAAGACUACUGAUUAUGCCAUGCUAGUCACCAUGUUUGGCUGGUUCACCAUGGUGAUAUCCUAUGUAGUUUAUUAUGUGCGGCAAAAUCAAGAGGAUGCAAGAAGGCACCUUGAGUACUUGAAAUCCCUGCCAAGCAGGCAAAAGAAACCAGAAGAAGCUGAUGACAUUAGCACUGUGGUAUAG